ACUUCAUUACAGCGAAGCGCGAGAAAAGCAGAAAGGAAAGCAAGAUGGAUUGUUUUUUGCGUUUCGUGUGCAAAUGUCACGUGCCAAAAACGACAUUUUACAUGCUGCUGGAUCUAGGAACAGAGGCUUCUUUUGAGACAUUUCGGUGAUACAAAUUGAUAUUAGAUUCCAAGAUGAACUCUGGUCCGUGCUUCAGAUGCGGUAAGGGUGGGCAUAUUGCCCGUGAUUGUCAGAAUGAAAUGAGAAAUGGUGACGACUACACUAGGACUGGAUUUGGGGGAGGAAGAAAUAGAGAUACUAGAUGCUACAAGUGUAACCAGUUUGGUCACAGGGCCCGUGAUUGUUCAGACACAUCUGAGGAGGAUCUCUGCUAUCGAUGUGGAAAACCAGGGCACAUCUCCAGUAGCUGUCCAAACACCGAUAUAGAAUAUGUCAAGUGUUACAACUGUGGGAAACAGGGACACAUGAAGAGUAACUGUCCUGAGGGUAAGGCUUGCUACAACUGUGGGAGCAGCAGUCAUGUGAAAGCCCAGUGUCCAGAGAAUGGAGAUAGCAGAGACUAUGGAAGUCGUGGAAGAUCAGGUGGUGGUGGUGGUGGUGGUUCAGCCUGUUAUAACUGUAAGGAGGAAGGUCACCAAGCUUAUGCAUGCCCCAACAUGACUUGCUACAACUGUGACGGGAAAGGACACAAGGCUUGUGACUGUCCUGAAGGAGAGAGUCAAGAGUACCGGGGUUACCGUGGAACGCAGAAAGAUACCAAGUGCUACAACUGUGGCAGGAUGGGCCACAUGGCUCGUGAUUGCAGUGGCAGCGCUUGAACCAUCAAACCCCACUCCGGCUAUCUCCACUAAAACCUUGUUGUUUCCAGUCAGUUGAUGGGGGUAGGAAAGAAGAGAUAUGAACUAUUGAAAUACAAAGUUUGUUUUUUCUUAAGUGAAAAAAAAAAGAAAAGAAUGUGAGCAUAAUACAUUGAGACAAAUUCAACUGACAAAAAGUGGUGCAACCACUUUGAUUAUCAUGUUUGGUGGUGUUGAUAAUCAAAGAAAAAUAAAUGUGAAAAUCAAGCCUGAUGUGUGGAAAAGUGGAACACUAGGGUGUAUAAAGAUGCAAGAUGCCGGAAUUGGCCGUCAUAGAAGCAGUGUGGCAGCUGUCUAGUGUGAUUCUGGCAGGCCUGUGCAGGAAGAGCACAGUUCGGUGUCGAGGGGAGAUAUGGGAGAUCAAAGAAAAAAAAAAUUCAAAUGACCUUGUUUGGUCAACUGAUUAAGAUACUGGGUGAUGGUGUAGGAGUAUCUAGUGGAGUGGAGUUUGGUGAUGAGCCCAAUCCUUUUUAACAACAUGGGAUAGGCUUUCUUAGAGAUAUCUUAAGUUUUCAAAGCAGAUAUUAGUUGUAAUGGUGUUCAAAAAUAAUACAAUCAUAUAUGGAUAUUGCAGAAAAAUGAUGGUUUGCGUUUGGAUUUAUGUUGCUUGUAAUAUUCUUUUAUUCAUUUUUUUUUCCCUGCUCUAAAAUUAUAAUUUGUCACCUAAAUGAAGUGAAGCUUCUGGAUGUUCUAACAAAGCAGCUGAGCUUGUAUGUGUAUAUUAUGAUUAUCAUAAGUUACAAGUGAAAAUAAACUUUUUUAGUUUUUAGAUUGUGCAUUACACCUACAUGUAGGUUAGUGCAUGUCUUAUGCACUAUAGGAAAGAGAAUUGAAAAAAAAGUAAAAUAUUUUUUUUCUAUUAUCAUUAAUACAAUUCAGAAUGAAUCAUUGGAUGUUGAGUACAACUGGCAAUUUUUUUUUCAGGGGCUAUUUUUCACAACUUACAGCCUGAAUUUGCAACAUUGGGUAAGCUUUAAUAUUGCAAUGAAUAAGGAUUUCUAGUUUCCAUGUUCAUUUUUUGUUUACUCUCAUUGUUUAGAUAUUUAUAGUUCCAAUACAGCCAUUGAUAAGGUGUUCAAAUUGCUGUUUUGAAUGUGAUUCAUGUCUAGUAUUUAAUGUUAGUGUUAGUAUGGUUAAUUUCUCAUAGAUGAUAAGUGUAAAGGGAUGGAAAGAAUUAAACAAGUACGAUUUGUUUUUACAGAGUUCUUUGUAAUUUAUAUAUCCCUUUUAGUUAAGGCGACCGCACACCUUACGAUUGGUCUGCGACUCGAUUUUGGAAUAAAAUGUAGUAGAAUUUGAUGCUAAUAUUGAGACUUGGAAUAUCUUACUGUUUAAUAUCCUAAAUCAUCGUACAAAUACCUAUGUUAAAUUCUGUGACUAUGCUAUCAUCCUUCUUAGAAUAAAAGCAAAUUUAAUAUCUAGUCGUAAUGACGUCAUAGCAGUCGUACGAUUUGCUACGAUUUGAAACUAAUUUGGCCUUUUCUCCAAAAUAAAGGCUUGCAAUCUUUCAAAACGGUUAUAUUAGUAUUCUUUCCAUUAAUUUUAACCUCAAAUAAAAUGAUUUGUUCCAUUCACAUUUUCAGAAAAUGAGCAAAAUGCGAUUUGUUCCAAAAUCAGAUCGCGAACAGUCGUAAGGUGUGCGGUGGCCUUUAAGCAGGUACAUUGCUAUUGCAUAUUAUUGUUUUAAUAUGACCAUCUUUAUUCCUGAAUAAAUUAUGUGCCUGUGUAACUAAUAAUGAGAUACAUUACCAUUUUGCUUCAUGAAUGAAAUUAGAAUCACAUUUCUUUUCUCUUACAAUGCAUUCUAUAUUUUAGACUUUUACAGGCCUAUCAGGAUUUAAAAUUAUUUAUGAAGGAUCAUUUUCUAGUAGCAGUGUUUCGUUCACAUGGAAAAUGAUACAUGAAAUGUUAUACUUAACGAAUGUUAAUGGUUUUAAGAAUUUUAUUCAUGUAUGUUGUGUCAGUGUUAAACAAUUAAAAUCUUAAUUUUCUGCUGGGUGUAUUUUAUUAUUAACUGCACACUUCCUGGUGUCAUCCAAUGAUGGAAUUAUUUUUUUUGAUACCCAUCAAUCAAUAAAACAAAAUGGAAAUAAAUGACUGAACAAUUUUGAUUUUGAAACAAAAGUUGAUAUGAUGGCUGCUACAUGAUGCAGGGAAGUGACCAUGAUUUGACAAGUAUCAGUGUGGCCAUGUACUAUCAUUCAUUGCUUUUGUAAAUAUUGUUUGUAUGGAAAGGGCAGUUCAGAUUUCUUUUGUUGAGUAAUGGAAAAAAAACAAGCCCUGAUCACUUCUGAAUUUUUCUUUCCGAAAGUGGCUGAAAUCAUCUUAGUUUUCUGAAAAUGCUGCAUCGUACAUUAAUAAUGUUCCAUUUAGUGCAUCCUGUAAAACAAAACAUUGCUAUCAAUAACACAAGUCAGUGGUGCUGUGGAUCGUAUUUCUAUGGUGGUUCUUCAAAUACAAUUUUUAGCUUAACAUUUCGAAGUAGAAAAGAAUGGUGAUAAACCAACAGAAAGUAAUAUGUAUUUUACGUUGCAUCAUACCACUCAAGACAAAGGUCAGUGUCGGCUUCAUGUAGGCAUUGCAAAAUUGUUGAUAGCCAUAAUUCUUCAGAAAACUAUGUCCAUUGUGAUAUAUGUGGGAUUCAAUAUACACUGGACUAAACCUUUGAACAGAAGGCAAGAAGUAUCUGAGCUGAAGUGAGGUCUUGGCAAUCAUUAAGAAACUAAAUGGGAGGGGGUUGUAAUCAUAUUUGUGUGUCCAUGAAUGUGACCCUUAUAUUAUUAUUGGACCAGCAGUUUUAUCAGUGGCACUUGUGAAGACGCCUCCUUGGAUCCAGGGCCGACAUUAACCUUUGAUCCCUGUUUUAUUUUGAUAAUUUAGCCCUGUUACAGUCAUGUAUCAUAUUUACCUGCUGAAGAUCAUAUCUGUGCCCGUAGCUUUGUACAUAGUUUAUGAUCUGGAAACUUUAAAAUGUUUGAUUAUCCACUUGACAGAGAAGAUCAAUUAAGAACACUUUGAGUAUAAAGUAAUAA